AUGUCGAAUCCUAAGGUAUCCAGAGCCGCCAAUGACUUCCGCAGCGAUACAUUCAGUACACCAACUCCAGCCAUGCUGCAAGCUAUGAUGAAUGCUACAUUCGGCGACGACGUAUACCAAGAAGACAGUACGACGACGGAGUUCGAAAAUGAAAUCGCAAGAUUAACCGGAAUGGAGGCUGCCCUGUUCACGCUCUCCGGCACCAUGGGCAAUCAAAUCGGGGUUCGAGUCCAUCUGGAAAAACCCCCGCACUCCAUUCUCUGCGAUUACCGAGCGCAUGUCUAUGCUGAGGAGGGAUCCGGCUUAGCAAUCCUGUCACAGGCCAUGGUGACGCCAGUCCAUCCGGCAAACGGCAUCUAUAUGACCCUUUCCGACGUGAAACGGUGGGUGACAUUGGGUGACGACGUGCACACCGCACCCACCAAAGUCAUCAGUCUAGAAAUUACCAUUGGCGGCGUGCUUACGCCGAUGGAGGAGAUUAGGAAGAUUUCCGAGUUCGCACGCGCCAAUGGGAUCAAGGUCCAUUGUGACGGGGCUCGGUUGUGGAAUGCCUCGGUGGCGACUGGUCACUCUCUGGCCGAUUAUUGCCAGUACUUUGACAGUGUUUCCAUGUGUGUUUCUAAGGGGCUUGGGGCACCCAUCGGUGGGGUCCUGGCCAGCACCAAGGCGAAUAUCAAACAUGCGAGAUGGCUACGGAAGCAGCAGGGCGGGGGGAUUCGACAGGCUGGUAUCUUGACGGCUGCGGCGCUCGUGGCCUUGAAUGAAGUCUGGCCCACGAUGAAGGAAACGCACGAGAAGACUAAGAAAUUGGCGAAGGAUCUGGAGACGCUGGGUGUCGUGCCUCAGAUUCCGGUUGAUACCAAUUUUUACUUUAUCGAUGCGGGGAAAUCGAAGAUUGACAUGGGAGUAUUGCUGGAGCAGUGUCAGAAGUUCAAUGUCAAGUUGAUGGAUGAGCGGAUUUCUAUGCACCAUCAAAUAAGCGAUGAGGCCAUCGAAAAUCUGAAAGCUGCCAUUGCAGCAGCGGUGGAAAUUACGAAGACCCUGCCUCCUGAUUACGUGUCUACAGCUCAAACGGGGGUUUAUGCGAUCACCUCGAAAAUGAACGAGUACAACUGA